AAACAUACUAAGAAGCAUGAAAAGAAAGACCCAGGUCUUACGCAACUGCAUUUCUGCAUUGACCAAUCUAUCCUACGCACUUGUACACUCUGCGGCUUGUCUUAUACACGAGGAGCAGCUGACGAUGAGAAUUUGCACAAGACGCACUGCGCACGCGUACAAAGGGGAAUGGAAUGGGGAAGAGAGGAGGAGAAGGGAAUCAGGAAGGAGGGAGGGACAGCUGCGAUUGUUGAAGAAGAUGUCACCAUUGGCAAGGGAGAGCGAGGGAGAAUAGUUGCCGUUAAGCCAUCUGCAACAGGAAGAAUUGGGUGUAAGGCAUCAGGGUAUCUUAACACAGUUAAUCUGGCUUUGUCUGCUCCGGACAUUCCACCAUCGGCAUUAGAAUCUUGCAAGGUCUAUUUGUUUCUCCUCCGAACUCCCCGGUGCAUAAAGGAGAAGAUAGUCGGCUGCGUGGUCGCUCAAAGAAUUUCCUCUGCAAUGCAAAUUGCUUCGCUCAAAGAAGUAGCUAGUCUAGAAAAAGCGUCGGAGACUCUUGUCCAUGUCGAAGGCGACCUUUAUUGUCACCCGGAUGACCUUCCGACACCUAUGGGCAUACCUCGGCUUUUUGUAUCAUCCGCACAUAGGCGGAAAGGAAUUGCGCAUGCUCUUCUGACAGCUGCGGCCAGGACAUUCGUUCACGGUUACCGACUGGACGUUGCGAAGGGCGAAAUUGCCUUCUCGCAACCGACCAGUGCUGGACGUGCCGUGAUGGAGAAAUGGGGCAACGGAGGAGUAAGAGUGUAUAAAGAGUGA